GUUUUAUAUUGUGGACACUGCAGUGUUCCUCCCGAGUACUGCGAGUUUGGCACUGCCAUUGCAGAGUGCAAGGCUUGGUUGAAAACUCAUGAUCAAAACCUAUUUGUAAAACUGUAUGGAGAAACCGAGCUAGUACAAGCCCAAGUAUCAACCCUCGACAUCUCAUGUCAAGAGCCUGCUGCUGUACCCUCCAAAUCCUCGAAAAAGACCACUCCAAAGGUUGACAUUCCUAACUCAUCAUGGGUAUCAAUACAGGCCAAGGUCGUCUUGUCUACCAUUGAAAGAACAAAACGGAAGCGGAUUACCAUUGUAAAUGGACUUGAAAAGUUUGAUGUGGAUCUUAAAAAGGCUGCAAAACAGAUGGCUUCCAAGUUUGCAUGCGGUGCAUCAGUUUCUAAAAAUGCUCAAGGUGUAGAAGAGAUCAUUGUACAAGGAGAAUUCAUGGAUGAGCUUAUAAAGCUUAUUACAGCAACUUGGCCUCAGAUCGACAAGCGUCUCAUUGAGCUUGCUGAAACUAAAUCAAACAAAUGA